AGGGUCCUCGUGGUGGUGGCCCGAGUUGGGCCUUGGGCUGCUAAUUGCAAGAUCCACGAUGUCCAGUCCCCUGGAGCAAGCACUGUGUGUGAUCGUCACCACCUUCCACAAGUACUCAGGCAGAGAAGGCAACAAGUUCAAGCUGAGCAAAGGGGAGAUGAAGGAACUUCUGCACAAGGAGCUGCCCAGCUUUGUAGGGGAGGAGGUUGAUGAGGAGGGACUGAAGAAGCUGAUGGGCAACCUUGAUGAGAACAGCGAUCAGGAGGUGGACUUCCAGGAAUACUCCGUGUUUUUGGCCCUCAUCUCUAUGAUGUGCAAUGACUUCUUCCAGGAGCAGCCCUGAAGCAGCACUUGGCUCCCUGACCAUGGGUCUUUUGGGCCCAAGAGGACUCUCUCACCAUUCAGUUUUGUACUCAAUAAAUAA